AUGGCUGCCCAAAUCGGUGCUGCUCUUGGAUUGUUUAGUGCAAUCUCUUCGGUUGCCAAAAAGAUUACUUCUGCCUUUUCAAAAUCCUCGACCACCACCAGCACUACCACAACCUCUAACACCACCAGUUCGUCAUCCUCGAGCAGCUCUUCAAGCUCGACUGCGUUCUCAUCCAUCGGAGACCUAAUCAAGCUCCUCCCGGCGGGAACUGUUUUCCUCUUCCAAUACCUCAGCCCUAUCACGACCAAUAAUGGGACCUGCAGCGCCACCAACAAGGUCCUGACGUCUAUCCUCAUUGCUGUAUGUGGAAUAUCGUGCCUCAUCUCCUCAUUCACCGACAGUUAUACGGGCUCUGACGGGUCAACCCACUAUGGAAUCGCGACCUUCUCAGGCUUGUGGCCUAGCUCCUCCUCGAGUUCCUCCUCCUCCUCCAGUACAAGCCUCUCCUCCUACCGGCUCCGGUUUAAGGACUUUGUCCAUGCACUUACAGCAGUUAUUAUAUUUGCAAUCCUGUCGCUUCUGGACACAAACACGGUGAAGUGUUUCUAUCCGUCUUUCUUGACCACGAAGGAGAACAUUAUCAAGGUCCUGCCCAUAGUGAUUGGCUCAAUGUCCAGCACACUGUUCGUGUUGUUCCCAAGCAGCCGCAACGGGAUUGGUUCAGCGAGUUCCAGUUCUAGUUCGAGUACCAGCAGCGGGACUUCCUCCGGGAACUCAACCUCAACAGCCUGA